AUGUUGAGAGAAAACUUUGAUAUCACUUUUAAGAGCAUUUUAUGGUUUCGAUUCCUUUAUAUAAUUAAUACUAUACAAGUUGUUUAAUUAAUUAAUGGUUAAAAUGUGUAAAAUAUUUAUAUUAAAUAUUAGCUUCAUUUAAGAAAUGCUAACUAAAUAUAGAAUAAAUUUAUUAAUUUAUUUUGGGAACAGCAACUAUUUGAUUUUUGCUUACAUCAUUAUUUUAAGCAUUUUUAUUCAUAUAGUUAUUACUAAAAUUGUAAUCAAAAUGAAAAUAUCAGUUCAUUAAUUUAUUGGUUCCUUUAUUGUUUAAACUAUUUAUUAUAUGUAGUCUAUGCCAAUAAUUUUGAACUCCUUAUAUGCUAUUUUGAUUUAGGAUCAAUACGUCCAUUUAAUUUUGUUUCUCUUGAUAGUUUUAUUGAAUGUCAUGUAUAUUUAUUUCAACUGUUAAACAAGUUGUUAAUAGAUAGAUGGUAGUUUUUCAAGACAGUCAGAUGAAAUUAUUAUCUAUCUCUUUCGAAUUGUUUUAUGCAUAUUAAAGAUCAAAUUGCCAAUAAUUGAAUUGCAAUUCACAAUAUUACUUAUAGAAUCAAUUUUGUUAACUAUAAUUUAAAUGAAUAAUACUGAAUUAAAUAGCCAUUUUAUUUUAAAAUUAAGAAUAUUCCUAUUUGUAAUGGGAAUAGCUGGAAUAACGAAAUUAGAUUGGAUAGAAUUAUUUUUACUCUAUUUAUUUAUAAUUAAUAUUGUACAAUCUUUUAAAAAUAGAGUUGAAACAAAUUAAUUGUUUAAUGCUUAAAAUUAUGGUUAAUUAAAAUAAUUGAUUUCAUAAAUUGUAAAUUAUAAUUAAAAUGAUGAAACAUUAAAACUUUUACUAAUUUAAAGAUGUUUUAAAUUGAAUUUUUACAAUCUACAACCAAAUAGUUAUAAUAAUGUUAAGAUUUAAGAUAGAUUAAUUAUAGAAAGAUAUUUUUAACAAAAUUUAUAUAAAUUGUAUUUUUUAUUGUUGUAAUAAAAUCAAUAAAAAAUGACAUUCUUAGACAUUGUUUUUGUUAAGGCUAAUAUUUAUUUAAUAUAAUAAGAAUGUUAAUAAAAAUCUAAAAAAUAACAAUAAGAUAACUCAUGGUUAAUUCCAAUUUUUGAAUAAUAAGAGACCAAUUUUGAUAUUUUAGAAUAAGCUAGAAUUACUAAAUUAAAGUUUUUUUAAAACUUAAUUUAGACUAAUAUUAAUGAAUCUGAAUAUUAUAAGAUGAUUAGAAUUUAAACCUAAAAAUUUUGUAUAAAAAUGAAAAAAUUAAAGAAGAAACUAGAAAAUAAUAUUAAUUUAAAAACUCAAACUCUUUAAAAUUAUAAUAUUGUAGAUCUUAAAACUAUUUAAGCAAUUUAAAAAUACUACUCUGUUUUUUAUGGUGAUCAUUAGAAAGUAUUAUAUAAAAUUCUAUUCUAGGCAUUUCAAAUUGGAAAGAGAGCUAAAGAUUAAUAAGGUUGGGAUCGUAAUUUAAAUCUAAAGUUAUAAAAAAGUAUAUAUAUUCAUUCUAUUUUAGAUUAAAUAUUUCUUAUAAAAGUAAGUUAUUUAUAAAAGAAAUGGGCAAUUCUGAAUCCUAAAGCUAAGUAUUUAGAAGAAUAUUUUAAGAACCAAUAUUUGGAUAACGUUUUGGAUUUAUUUCCAUAAUUUUUAAGAGGAUAUUAUGAAUAAUAAAUGACUAAUUAUGUAGAAAAUGAAUUUGUAGAGAAAUAUCUUUUAAAGACUUUUUUAUUGAAAAAUAAUUAUAUUAUAUCUUGUAGAAUUUCUUUUUAUCAUGAAGUUUUGGAUAAUGACUUAAUUAUAAAUAAUAUAAUAGAAAUUGAUGAUAACCAUAAUUUUAUUUUAUUUGAUUAAUUUGGUAAAAUAUUUGGGAUUUCAGAGUUACUUUUCAAUCAAUUGUUAAACUUUGAUGAAAAUAUCUAAGAAAUAAGUUAAUAAACUUUUCUCGAAAAAGCAAUGAUAUAAUUUUAUAUUCCAGGCAUAGAAUAUUAAAUUCUUUAACUUAUUUCAUUAUAAUAAUACAACUAAAUUGAAUUUUAAUCAUCAUUUUCAAAAAACCUUAAUCUUAAUGAUUGUUUAGAGUUGAAAAUAAAUUUCAAUAUCAAAGAUGAAUUUCAACAUCCAAUUAAGCCUACUUAAACUUUUCGAAAAGCAUUUCCAUAAGAUAAUGAAAUAUGUAAGAAUAAAUAAAUAUAAUUGUUAAAUCCAAAAUUUUCGAUGCAAUUUGAAUUAAUCUAAUAAUAAUUAAACUUAGACUAAAAUAUGACAUCUCAUAAUUUUGAAUUAGAAUAUAUUGAAUUGGAUAAUUUUGAUUAUUAUUAUUUUAUCCUUCAUUUUUCUGAUUUAAAAAAUAAUUUGGAAAGUUAAGAUAGGAGUUUGAAAUUAGAAACCAAGACAAUAAAUAAGAAUCCUGUUAUAGAAAAUAAAAUAAAUAUGUCAAUUAUUGAAUAAAUAAUAGAAAAAAAGAAGGUAUCAAGGAAUUAAAAAUUGUAAAUAAUACUAAUAAUUUUUCUUAUUCUUUAUGUGGUUUGUAGUAUUUUUAUCAAUAAAUAAUCAGGAUUAAAUGAGAUUAAAUCAUAUUAAUCCUCAAUUAAUUUCUUAAUAAAUCCUUAAGCCUUAACAUUUUCAUAUGCAGGAUCAUUUCUUUUAUAAUGGAAUAGAUAUUGUGUAUAAAAUGGCUUAUAUAAUUUAUCUCCAUAUAUAGAAGUUUAAAGGCAAUCAAAAUUAAAUUAUGCUUUUACAUUAUGGAGAGGUAUUCACAUUAAUUACACAUUGAAUCUAAGCAAAAGAAGCAGAGAAUUAGGAAUGGAAAUGGUUGAUGUAAUAGAGUAUGAUAAACAUAACAAUAAGAUUAUAACUAAAAUGGAUUUUUACUCAUUUUAUACUAUAUCAAGAGAGAAAAUGGUUAGAGUAUAAAAGAAUACUAAUUAUUCAAAUAUUUCUACUCAUGAUUAUUCUAUAUUUAAAGCUAAUGGAUUUAUGAGAUAGAAUAUUUUGACUAUAUUUAAAUUUCAUGAUAUUGUGAUAAAUGAUGAAAUCGAAUAUCUAAAAUUAAAGGUUGAGUUCUCUCAAACUAAUUUUUAUUUGAUAGAAAUAAUUUAGAUAGGAUGUGCAAAUGCACUAACGAUGGCUCUCAUUUAUUUUAUAUAUGUUCAAGUUAAAUUAAAAAAUAAAAUAUUCUUUUUAUUAUCCUUAAUAGAGAUAAAUUCAAUAAAAGCUUAGAUAAACUAAACAAAAGAAUUUUCAUAAUUCACAAAUUAUACUUUAAAAUCGAAAAAAAAUUAUUUAAUUGAUAAAAAUGAUGCAAAUGAAAAUCUUUAAUAAUAGAAAAAUAACCAUACAAUUCAAAGAUUAUAAAAUAUUAAAUUCUCCUCUAAAUUUUGCUUAAUUAUACCAAUUUUUUUUAUAGUUUCUUAUGGUUCACAAUUGAUUGGGGCAUAUUAUUAUAGAGCCUUUUAUUAUAAUAAUUAUAAGCAUUCUCUAUUGAUGACUAUGAACUAUAUUAAAUUCAAAAAGCUAUUUGAUAGUUCUAUUUUACUAGGAGAAUUAAUUAAAACAGAACAUCUAAUACCAUCUAAUCCAUAUUAUUUAAUUAAUUAAACUGAGACUGUAGAAUUAUAUUUGAUGUAUGUUGAUAAUUCAACAAAUUUAUUUAAUAUAAUACUGGAUGACUUAAUUGUAUCAGAUUAUUUUAAUUAUACAAUGAAAAAUUUAAUAUUAAAUGCUUUUAGAAAGGAUUUAUGUUUGAAUUUUUAAAGAUUUCUAGUUUUUUGUAAUACAAGUUAAAUAAAAUAGCCUUAUAAAACAACUGAUUCUUACUUAACUAUUACAUAAAAUGGUAUAGGAGGAGUAAUAUAAAAUUAUAAAAAAAUGGUUUAAUAAGAUUAUUAUAUAGAAAGGUAAACUUUAAAAUAUUAAAAAAAUAAUACUUAAUUUUUAAAUUCUUAGAUUCACUAAAACUUCUUUGUUCAAUAUGCCUAAGAUAUUUAAUCAUGCUUUUUCACUUGUUUUAGUUACUUUAUUAAUGAAAGUAUGUAUUUAAGUGAUCUAUUUAUUUAAGCAAUGUCAGAUUACUUUAACUUAACUGGAAUUAUGUAAUUAUAAAUAAAAUAAUAUUAGUAUAUUGCUAUUGUAUAUUAUAUUCUCAGGUCUAUGGAUUAUCUAUCAAUAUUAUCAGAUACAUUAGAUAAAAUUUGUAUUACUCUUACUUGA